CCCACGGAGGAGCCGCCCCCCAGUGUGCCCCAGCCAACCCCAGAGCCACCGGCUGGGCCCCCGGCCCCCGCCCCCCGCCCCGACGAGCGCCCCUCUUCUCCCAUCCCCCUCCUGCCCCCACCCAAGAAACGCCGGAAAACCGUCUCCUUCUCUGCGGUGGAGGAGGUGCCGGCCCCAGAGCCUCCCCCCGCUGCCCCACCGCAGGUCAAGUCUCCCGGCCCCGCCUCCCGCAAAGUCCCCCGGGCCGUGGAGCGGACCAUUCGCAACCUGCCCCUGGACCACGCGUCUCUGGUCAAGAGCUGGCCCGAGGAGGUGUCCCGAGGAGGCCGGAGCCGGGCUGGAGGCCGAUGCCGCUCCACCGAGGAAGAAGAGGCUGAGCCAGGGACAGAAGUGGACCUGGCCGUGCUGGCCGACCUGGCUCUGACCCCAGCCCGACGCGGGCUGCCCGCCCUGCCCACUGGCGACGACUCAGAGGCCACCGAGACGUUGGACGAGGCGGACCGCCCGGGCCCCCUGCUCAGCCACAUCCUCCUGGAGCACAACUACGCCCUGGCCGUCAAGCCGCCGCCCUCCACGCCGGCCCCUCGGCCCCUGGAGCCAGUUCCUGCCCCUGCGGCCCUCUUCAGCUCCCCGGCAGACGAGGUCCUGGAGGCCCCUGAGGUGGUGGUGGCUGAGGCCGAGGAGCCAAAGCAGCAGCAGCAGCGGCGGCAAGAGCAUGGGGAGGAGGAGGAGGAGGAGGAGGAGGAGGAGGAGGAGGAGGAGUCAUCGGAGAGCAGCAGCAGCAGCAGCAGUGGCGGCGAGGGGGCCACCCGGCGGCGCAGCCUCCGCUCCCACACGCGGCGCCGGCGGCCGCCCCCGCCCCCCCCGCCCCCGCCCCCCCCCACCUUCGAGCCCCGCAGCGAGUUUGAGCAGAUGACCAUCCUGUAUGACAUUUGGAACUCGGGCCUGGACUUGGAGGACAUGGGCUACCUGCGGCUCACAUACGAGCGGCUGCUGCAGCAGACUAGUGGGGCUGAUUGGCUUAACGACACCCACUGGGUCCAUCACACCAUCACCAACCUGAGCACUCCAAAACGCAAGCGGCGGCCCCAGGAUGGGCCCCGCGAGCACCAGACAGGCUCGGCCCGCAGCGAAGGCUACUACCCCAUCAGCAAGAAGGAGAAGGAUAGGUACCUGGACGUGUGCCCCGUCUCGGCCCGGCAGCUGGAAGGAGCGGACACUCAGGGGACUAACCGUGUGCUUUCGGAGCGCCGUUCUGAGCAGCGGCGGCUCCUGAGUGCCAUUGGCACCUCUGCCAUCGUGGACAGCGACCUGCUGAAGUUAAACCAGCUCAAGUUCCGGAAGAAGAAGCUCCGAUUCGGCCGGAGCCGGAUCCAUGAGUGGGGGCUCUUUGCCAUGGAACCCAUCGCAGCUGACGAGAUGGUCAUCGAAUACGUGGGUCAGAACAUCCGCCAGAUGGUGGCCGACAUGCGGGAGAAGCGCUACGUGCAAGAGGGCAUUGGCAGCAGCUACCUGUUCCGGGUGGACCACGACACCAUCAUCGAUGCCACCAAGUGUGGCAACCUGGCGAGGUUCAUCAACCACUGCUGCACGCCCAACUGCUAUGCCAAGGUGAUCACCAUCGAGUCCCAGAAGAAGAUCGUGAUCUACUCCAAGCAGCCCAUCGGCGUGGAUGAGGAGAUCACCUAUGACUACAAGUUCCCUCUGGAGGACAACAAGAUCCCUUGUCUGUGCGGCACCGAGAGCUGCCGCGGCUCCCUCAACUGAGGUGGGGCAGGACUGGUGCCCUCACCCCUAUUUAUUCCCCUUGGUGCCCUGAGUUCCCAGCCCACCCAGCCUUAGUGGGCUCAGCAGGGCCCACAUGCCCCAUCUCCAAAUGUGGGGUUGGGGGGCCCCGAGCCUAGUGAGGGAGCCUCAGUCCCUUGAGGCAACUUGCGCUUCCCUUCUUGCCCCUGCCCACCCAGCCCGAUUUUUUUUCUUUGCGGAGAAGAAGCUGUAAAUGUUUUGUAGCUGCCAGCAGCUGUUUCCUGUGGAAACCUGGGGUGCCGGCCUGUACAGAUCCUGUUCUUUGUGGGGCUGCAUAGCCCCCUUGCUUUGUGUUAAUGGGGACUUCCCCUCUGUGCCCUGCGUGCACCCCUCCCCAGUUUAGGGGUCUCUAGGGGCAGUGGCCAUGUUCUCCCCCUGGAGGGGGCCCUGCGCCCCCUGUCCUGGGGACUCUGUGCCUGGAACCCUGCCUCGUCUUCUGUUCCUGCCAGACCCUGUGGGUCACCCUCCCACCCUGGUGUCUGGAAGCUCCGGCUUUGCCGGGCCAGGAUGGUGGGGGGCGGGCCCUUCCUGUUGGGCUGGACUGUACAUAUGUUAAUAGCGCGAACCCAACGCCACAUUUUUAUAAUUGUGA